AUGUUUGUCGUGGAUGUGUCUCCACACAUGGGUGCCACUCGCAGCAUCGAACUGCCGGACGGUGUCACCCUCGAGAUCACUCACCUGGAAUGGGCCCUUCAGUUCGUGAUGAUGAAGGUGGAGGAGAUGGUACGAUGCUCUGGCACGACUCUUACACUCUUUAUGCAGAUAUUCAAUGGCAGGAAAACGGAUCAAUGUGGCGUAAUUCUCUUCGGCACGGAUGGAACGCGAAAUGCCCUGAACGAUAAACGGGGUGACUACGAAAACGUUACUGAGUAUAUUCCUGUUGGCCAACCGAACGGAGUCACCAUGGCAAAGCUCGCUGCUCUGCAGCCUUCUGAGACCACAGGGGAUCCUAUCGACGGCCUUAUUGUGGCCAUCGAAGCUCAAAGCGUUUACCUUGCUAGCAAGAAAACAUGGACACGCAAGAUGGUCCUUUUAACUAACGGGGAAGGUCCGAUUGAAAUACAAGAUUGGGAAGACAUUGCCAGCAAAGUGGACGACUUAGGCAUUCAUUUCAAUAUCAUCGGAGUGGAAUUUGAUGACGAAGAAUUCGAAUACGAGCAAGAGGACAAGUCGGAGAUGAAGAGCGAGAAUGAGAAGUUCUAUCGGAAGUUUAUGUCCAAGCUUCCAGAUAACUGCUACAUGGGCAACCUUGAAUAUGCUCUGCAAGAAAUCACUCGACCAGAAGUGAAGCAGGUCAAAUCUGCUCUCCUGGGCACUAUUCUUCGUCUAGGGGAUGUAGAGAAUUACCCUCUCGACUCCCUCGAAAUCUCUGUCAAGGCCAGUAAAUGCACCGCACUAGCCCGACCAAAGUCAUGGAAACGCUUCGGCCUAAGAAAGGAGGAAGAGGAAGAGGACGACGGGACGCCCCCACCACCACCACAGCCUGAUGACGAUGAGGACAAAGUCUGGGUUGAACUCCAGAUGCGAACUGAGUAUGUUCUCCCAAAGGACCCAGAAGACGAAGAAGAAGAGGACAAAGACGCAAUGGAUGUCGACAAGGACGAUGACGAGCAGAAGACUACACAACCCCCAGUGGACCUCUCCCAGCGAAUAGAGAAGGAGGAAUUAGUGAGAGGGUUCAAGUACGGGAGUAGUUAUGUGCCAUGUCCCGACGGCCAAUUUGAACGCCUAGAGACGAAGAGGGGAAUUGAGAUAUGUGCUUUCUUCAAGUCUGUCGCGUUUCGUCCAGAACUCGCUAUGGGCGAAGUUCAAUAUAUCUGGGCAGAUCCAUCUUCUCCUAAUCAACAGGUUGCGAUGUCAUCCAUCAUCCAAGCCAUGCUGAGCGCCGACAAGCAUGACCCAAAGAAGAAAGAUAAAUCGCAUUAUCCUUACUUUGCUAUCGCCCGUUGGUGUAACAAGGACGGGUCAGACCCUAAGAUGGGUGUCUUGCAACCGUGUCGAUCUGAGAAGGUCGACUAUUUCUUGUGGGUGCAGGUACGUCCAGAGAGCUUCAUGCCUUUUGCAGAUGAUGUACGAAAAUACAACUUCGCACCCCUCGAAUACCUCACGAACAAGCGUGGCGAUCGGGUUACAAAGCACCCGUACAUCCCCACUGAAGAUCAAUUGGACGCGAUGGAUAACUUCGUAGAUGCACUCGACUUGAUGAAUGCAGGAGAGAAGAAUGAGGCAGGCGAAAGGGAACCGUGGUUUGACCCGAGGCUAUCGUAUAACCCUGCUAUACAUCGCACGAAGCAAGCGUUAUUCCAUAGCGCAGUCGUUCCAGACCUUAUGACACACCCUUUACCCCCACCUCACCCCGAACUCCUCAAAUACUUCGAGACACCCCAACGUGUUCUUAAGAAGGCUGGGUCAGCCAUCGAGGAAUGCAAGACCGCGUUCAAUGUGAAAGAAGUUCCAAAAAGGGCCCCAAGGGCGCGCAAGGACGAACACGUUCACGCUCACGACGACGACGACGAACCCCUACUUCUCGAUCAACCCCCGCGUCCAUCCUCUAAAUCGCAAACACAAUCUCAAUUUAGGGCCACACAAGACCAGUCAAGAUCGCAGGCCGGGUCAUCGAGGUUACAGUCACAGUCGCAGAGUAACGGCGGCAUUCAGCGUCUACAGCUUGGCAAAAACGACCACGACAAUGACGGUAGCAUCACAGAACCAGAAUCCGAUGAGGAUGCAGAGCUAUUGCUCAAUCGCAAGAAGCUGCCCACACCUUCUCCAGAGGCUGACGAUAGACUCGAGCCGGGUCGUAUCGUCGGUACCACAGCACCUCUAAAAGACUUCAGAAAGAAUAUCUCCCGUGGAGACAUGGUGAGCAAGGCCGUUGAGGAUCUCGGCUGGGCUGUGCGUGAGAUCGUGAUGAAGCCUUUUGCGAAGCGAAGGUAUAGCGAGAUGAUGGAGUGCUUGACGGAGUUGAGGGAAGUCUGCCUGCAGGAGGACGAGAUCGAGGUCUGGAAUAGCUACUUGCAAGAACUCAAGGAAACAUGCCUGGCUGAUCCAGGUAACCCGCGCUUUUGGGAAGAACUGAGCUCGCAUGGUCCAAAAAUGAGCUUGAUUGGGAACUCGGAGGCGAAGCGGCAGGGCGGUAAAUCUGACGUGUCAGACGCUGCAGCAGAGACUGUAAGUUCUUCUUUGGUACGAUGA